AUGGCAUUAACAGGAUUGUCGCUGCAAGAAGAAAGAUUCGGUAGCCAGCAAAGGGCCCGAGAAUAUGCUGACCAGGCUGUCCAGAUUCUUCGAUCCCAGGGCGGGACUCGCAAAGGUGUCCAGGUAUUCUUGCAUUAUGUGCUAUAUGUCGCGAUAUCUCCACAUCCAACCGUCGACAAAGUCGGUCAACGGUGGCUGGUCACGUUUCUUCGCGCGGCCGAGGAAAUGAUGCAUAAACACACAUCAGCUGCGUGCCUGUCGUCUGUGCCCCUGCGACGGGAGGCAUUUCAAAUGGAUGGCUUAUUGUUCCCUUUGCUUUCCAGCGGGCCACGCCCAUCACAAGUGCCGCACACUUCGCGCCUAUACGUGGUGCGGGAUACGCCCAGCCAGGAAAUCUGCCGUACUGCGGCACUCAUCUAUAUUACAACAGCUUUAUGGGAUUUCCAAGACUCGCCGAGUAAAAUGAAUCGCUUCCUCAACUACGUUAUCACGGUCGUGAAGCAACACCAGCUUGAUCGUCAUCCUGCAUGCGAGACUCUGGUGUGGGUCUUAUUGGAAGAAGGAUACGAAGCAGAUAUGAGGGAUCCCGAACGAGCAUGGUCUACCGGCGAGCUAUUGAAGACACACAAGCAACUUCGGCCAGAUCUACAAUUCCAGUUCAAUGAAAUAUUACUGAGCCUGUUAAUGCUCGCGCCGCCCGUGCGCGGUAUUGAUGCUUUUGAGGAGGAGCUCAACGCCGCUGCACCUGAAAUUGUGGAGCAGCUUUGA